AUGGCUAUGGGUUUCUUGGUCGACGUGAUGAGUCAUCGGCGUGACUCCUUUAGCGAUGCAGUUCACGUGAUACCCACCAACGACCCUCCGCCGGAUAAUCGUCCCGGAGACAGCUCCGUCUGGGCCACUGAAGAUGAUUACAGCCGUGUCUUGGCGGCGAACACCGAUGAAACAGAGUCGCCGAGCAAGAAAACACGCGGGUCUCCGUCUUCCUCCUCCUUCGCCGAGAUCGGGAAAUCGUUCUUCAAGACGAAGCUCUGCUGCAGAUUCCGCGCCGGUACUUGUCCGUACGACGCGAGCAGCUGCCAUUUUGCUCACAGCACGGAGGAGCUACGUCGUCCGCCGCUCAAUGGGCAGGAGACGGCGGGUGAGACUCGGGAGCAGGAGUUUAAGAUCCCGGCGGAGAGUGGGAGAUCGUACAAGGGAAGACAUUGCAAGAAGUUCUACAGUGGAGAAGGAUGUCCUUACGGAGAAAGCUGUACGUUUCUACACGACGAGGCUUCAAGAAACAGAGAGAGCUUUGCGAUUAGUUUAGGUCCUCGUGGUUACGGUGCUGGUGGUGAUGGCGGCAAUGUUGCUCAGAUUUUGAGACCUCCUAAUUGGAAGACAAGGGUUUGCAAUAAGUGGGAGACUACUGGGUAUUGUCCGUUUGGUGCCAAUUGCCAUUUUGCUCAUGGUGCUUCAGAGUUGCAUAUAUUUGGUGGGGGACUCGUUGAAGAAGAAGGCAAGAUCGGAACAUCUGCUACUUGUAACACAAAGCAGACAGGACAAGCUGACAGAGUGACUAGCCUUGUUUCUCCUGGAGUCCCGUCCCAACGGCCAUCUAACGCCGUUACUCAGAAACCCAAUGGAGUCAGAACUCAACGGAAAUGGAAAGGACCGGAUAAAAUCAGUCGGGCUAAUCCUAAAUGGCUAAAUCUCAUCUUGUACCAGACCAAACCGAAAGUACUUGGACGAUUCCAAAAUUUGGAUAUGGCCUCAACAACAACUACAAUACCGGAUGCUGAUGUCUUCCCUACCGUUUCCAUGCCCGUCACCGUAGUCUUGACCGGAGCUCUACUCUUUGUAAUUGUCGCCGGAUUCUUCGCUCUCUUCUUCUGGCGAUGUCUUCUGAAUCGGUUGUUUUCAGCUUGGACCCUUCAGCGAGCACCUUACGGUGACCUUAUCCAUGUCACCACUCCGCCUGAAGACACCGGCCUCGACCCAUUCAUCAUCCGGUCCUUUCCCGUCUUCCUCUAUUCAUCUGCAACAAUGAAAAACUACGGUACGGAAUGCGCAAUCUGCUUGUCAGAGUUUUCAGAUGAAGACACCGUUAGGCUCAUUACGGUUUGUCGUCAUGGAUUCCAUUCAAGUUGCAUUGAUCUUUGGUUUGAGUUACACAAGACUUGCCCUGUCUGUCGGUGUGAGCUAGACCCGGGACUGGCGACGGAUGUCAACGUGAAGAUCAAGAGAAGACAAUACCAAACAGGAAGCUCUGUCACGUUCGAGGAAAACCAUCCGACCACUAGCUCAAGCAAAAGGCUUGUGGAAGCCUCGGCUUGGCGAUUCUCGAGGUCACAUUCUACCGGACAUUUCAUGGUUAAGACGGCGGAUGUGAAUGUGAAGAUCAAAGGAAGACAUUACCAAACAGGAAGCUGUGUCUCGUUCGAUGAACUCACUCGGUAUGAUGAAGCUGCACAGUACGGGAUGGCCUGGUGA